UUGGAAGGAAUUACGUAAUUCACUUUAAUUACUUUGUUACGUAACACUCUAAAUAAAGACGGCUGUAUGAAAAGUGUGUAGAGCCAGAGGACCUUAGAGGGUGAUUCAGGGUCAAAAAUCAACACGGACAUGAGCGAGAGUGGGGAAGCAAGUGGACCACCCAUUCAACAAGAAAGCGACAGUGAAAGUGAUGAAGAUAAUGAUACAGACUUUGACCCAGAGGAGAUUGAAAAAGAGAUUAUGGGAGUAAGAAGCUUGUUAAGGAGGCAUUGUGGUCAUCAUAAGUUGGUUAACAAGGCAGAAGAAGUUGAGCGAGCUCGCCGAAUGUCAAUACCUUUCUCCGCUGACGUGGAAGAAACAGAACUUGACAUCAAUGUCCAAAGUGGCCAGCUAUCGAAUGUCCAUCAGGAACUUUUACAUCUGUUUGCUAUUCAUGAUGUAAGCUAUAAUGUUAAAUAUAUUUUUCAGACAACAACUGGUUAUCGUGAGAGCGAAAUAAUUGUACGUCUUUUUUUUUUUUUCUAUUCGAUCCACGUUUUUAAAAUUCGUUUACGUUAUGUUACGUUUCAGGCAAAAUUUCAAAUGGACUGUGAACGUGAGCGACGAACUGUAGAAACAACAAAAAAUCAAAUGCAUGAAGAAUUACUGAGAAAUAUGGCACGGCAAAAAGCUCGACAAGAAUUUGAGCUAGAAAGAGAAAGAAAGAUUAAAGAGAUGCGAAAGUUGACAGAGACGAUAAGCGAAGAAGGAAUUGCCAUGGCCGAAACCAACGACAAGCUUAAUCACGUACAUGCUGAUUUGAAAAACGCUUUUAAAAUGAUGCGGGACGCUAAAGCGGCAAAAGAAGAAAGUCAACGCGAGAAAACCGAGGACUUGAAGGAGAUGAUGCUGCAAGAGAUAAGACGAAGACCGCGAAAAAAUGAGAAAGAACUCAUAGAACAAGAGAGAAACAGAAGAGCUGAAUUAUAUCAACAACAAAUGAACGAAAGAAGAGGUUCAACCGAUGUACUCCUAGAGGUUCAAGAACAGCUGCUGAAAAUAUUCUCCAAGCUCAAGAGGGAAAAGAAGAUAAAGAAGAUUGAAAUUAAACAGCAUCAAGAAGACAACAAGGUGCGUAUGCAGGAAGAGCUCGUACGGAAGUCCUUCCAGAAGGAAGUGUCCAUACAAGAAGCGCAUGAGAAGGCUCGGAGGAUCAUGGAAAGUAAGAGUGAUAUUGCUGAUGGCGAUGAGGAAAAAACUAAGGCAAUCGACAUGUUGAUUGACGUUCAAAAGCAGCUACUGGAUGUCUUCGCCAUAUCAAAGGUAAGGAUUGGUUUUCCCAGGCCGGAUCUACAUGAAAUGUUUAAAAGGUUAUUUCUCACUGGGAAGUUUUUGAAACUUCUGAAUCGUGCUUUGAAUUUGCAAGUUUGUCUUUUUUCUCAGGUUCAAGAUGUUAAACAGCGGAUGAAUCAUCUAAAGUUAAUGAACUGCCGUAAGAACAUGCUGCGACAGAUAAGGAGCAGAAGAGUGGACCGAGAAAACACCAGCGGCUUCACGUAAGUUGCGCAUGAGUAUAAUAAAACGAAUGUCUGAUGGCAGCGAAGUUUGGAUCAUUAGCUAAUACGCAAGAAUAGCAUUCAAAAUCUUUAUUUUUUAAUGCUCUUAUGCUUUUUCUCCCUCUUUUUAAAAAUGGUACUUAGAAGUCAAAAUUUUUUCCUCUUACAUUUUGG